GUUGGUACUUAUACCGGUCUUUGUGGCCAAAUUUUUCUUCUUUCUCACCUCCAUCUCAGUCUCUGGAGCUAUUUCCUAGGUCAAUUGUAUCAAUUCGUCUAAUUGUUUUUCUUAAGUUCUGUAAAGAUGUUGCGGUGGUACCAGACGAAGUUGGCAAAACAGCCUAUCCUCACAGCCAGCGUCACCAGCUUUGUCUUGUUCGGGAGUGGAGAUGUUCUAGCCCAACAGUUGGUCGAUCGCAGGGGUUUCGAGAAGCAUGACAUUGCAAGAACAGGGCGCAUGGCUUUGUAUGGGGGAGCCAUCUUUGGGCCAGCGGCCACUACCUGGUUUGCUUUCCUGCAGCGCAACAUCGUUCUAAAGAGCACCAAGGCUACUAUCCUUGCUCGUGUCGUGGCCGAUCAGGGUCUCUUCACUCCCACCCAUCUCACCUGCUUUUUGACAUCCAUGGCUAUUAUGGAAGGUACCGACCCUGUGGAAAAGUGGCGCACCAGCUUUCUGCCCAGCUACAAGGCGAAUCUUACACUCUGGCCAAUGGUUCAAUGCUUCAACUUCUCCAUUGUGCCCUUGGAAUACCGGGUGCUUGUUGUGAACGUCAUUAGUUUGGGCUGGAAUUGCAUCUUAAGUUUGAUCAACAGCGGCGAAGCAUGAUUUGAUCUUUUAUUGUUCUGGAGGAAUAUAUUUGGAGAUACCCUUUCUUGUACAACUGGCGCACCUCGCAACCUGGGGACUCUUGGCUCGGAGUGACCCGACUUUUGAUUCUUCUUAAAUUUUUUUUUAUUUGUUUCUCGGCUUUUAUGUGCUCAUAUUUUUCCAUUCGGAGGGAUGCUUAGGGGUAUCACUAGAGCCUUGGGGGUAAAAUGUACGUUUAGUCUAUAGAAUUCAGCAGCACGUUUUAGACUGGUG